AUGUCGGGGUCAGACGCGGUACAGAGCUACGAAAAUGGGGCAGCGAUGAAUGUCGGGAACGCGGACGACGACCCCUUCGGCCCACCGGCAUUACACUACACCCUGCGCACGCGCAAGAAAAACAUCGCCCGGUUCUGGACGCCACUGCUGCUAGACUGUUGCGUCAUCCCGGUGGCGCUGUACUACUCCCUCCGCUUCUCGACGCGCCUGUCCAACGCCACCAUCUUCGGCAUCACCACCGCCCUGACCGGCGGCACGCUCGUCCUCGAAUUCUUCCUCCGCGGCUACCAUCUCUGGAAGGCAUCCUCGCGCUGCCGGCCCAAAGGCGCGCCGCGCGCCUACUUCGACCACACGCACUGGGUCUUCCUGCUCGCCAUCCUCGUCACCGUCGCCGAGCUCGUCGUCGGCAACGCCUACCCCGACCCCAUCGAGCGCCUGCUCGCCAUGCCCGCGCCCAGCGUGCUCUUCGUCUUCGCCGCCGACGUCCUGCUGCGCGACCUCCUGCACCUGUGCAAGGCCAAGGCUCCUUGCCGCAUCUCCACCUGCCCCGCCGGCACCGCUUUCCGCCCGGGCAUCUACGCCGUCGUUGAGGAUAUCGUCGCCACCGACGGCGGCGGCGGAACAGAGUUUAGGGAGGACUUUAGCUUGAGGUAUCGGAGCAGCUACCGCUUCCGCCAUAUGCUGCGCGCGCUCUCGCUGUUCUGGAGUCUGGGAGGAGUCGUUACCGCGCUGGGCACGUCCGCUCUGGUGUGGACGCUAGACGUCGAUUACGCAUAUGGUGUCGGCUGGGUCGCGCCGUUCGUUUGGGGGUUGAUCUGGACUCUUCUCACACUGUAUUGGGUGCCGGUGUGCUUGAAGCUCGAGUACGCCUCGUGGGCCGAAGUACGUAACGGGCCUGCUAUGCUAUAG